AUGGGGUCGAUAGUGUUGAGUUUGCGAGGUGGAUGUGCGGCGGUCGUGUCGGUGAGCAGGCUGUGUCCGCAGCUGCACCGCGAGCUGUACGCGCUGGCGCGAGGCGGCGGGUGGGGAGGUGCGGGGUGCGGGGCGCGCGGCCGGCCCGUGUCGCUGCAGGCGCCGCGCGCCGCGUCCCCCGCGCCGUGCAGGCGCCGCCCCGACACCGUGGUGUUGCACCACUCCGCGGACCGCGCGAUGCACAAAGAGUUACACCGGUUCGUGAAGGAGUCGGAACGCGGUAGCGCCGCACGGCUUGACAACAGCCGCUCCAAGCUCUUACGUUCGGAGAGCAUCAACGAGGACAGUGUAUUCGAUUGCAGGAUGCUUGAAACUGCGGCUCUUGACACUUCUAGACACAAUGAGCUGGAGCAGCUGUUGGCGGACGAGCGGGAGCGUUGCGAGGGGGAGGCGGGGGAUGCGGAGGAGGUGGGGGAGGGUGCGGAUGCUGCGUGCGAGGAGCAGCGCUGGGCGGGGCUGGUGGCGCGCGGCGUGGUGCAGUUCGCGCGCUGCUGGAUGCGCUUCGUCAUGGAGCGCUGCGAGCGCGGCCGCGGCCGCCGCCCACGGUACUCACCUCUCUGCUGUAGGUGGGGAGGCUGCGUGCGAGCAGCAGCGAGCAGCAGCGCUGGGCGGGUGCAGUUCGCGCGCUGCUGGAUGCGCUUCGUCAUGGAGCGCUGCGAGCGCGGCCGCGGCCGCCGCCCACGGUACUCACCUCUCUGCUGUAGGUGGGGAGGCUGCGUGCGAGCAGCAGCGAGCAGCAGCGCUGGGCGGGUGCAGUUCGCGCGCUGCUGGAUGCGCUUCGUCAUGGAGCGCUGCGAGCGCGGCCGCGGCCGCCGCCCACGGUACUCACCUCUCUGCUGUAGGUGGGGAGGCUGCGUGCGAGCAGCAGCGAGCAGCAGCGCUGGGCGGGUGCAGUUCGCGCGCUGCUGGAUGCGCUUCGUCAUGGAGCGCUGCGAGCGCGGCCGCGGCCGCCGCCCACGGUACUCACCUCUCUGCUGUAGGUGGGGAGGCUGCGUGCGAGCAGCAGCGAGCAGCAGCGCUGGGCGGGUGCAGUUCGCGCGCUGCUGGAUGCGCUUCGUCAUGGAGCGCUGCGAGCGCGGCCGCGGCCGCCGCCCACGGUACUCACCUCUCUGCUGUAGGUGGGGAGGCUGCGUGCGAGCAGCAGCGAGCAGCAGCGCUGGGCGGGUGCAGUUCGCGCGCUGCUGGAUGCGCUUCGUCAUGGAGCGCUGCGAGCGCGGCCGCGGCCGCCGCCCACGGUACUCACCUCUCUGCUGUAGGUGGGGAGGCUGCGUGCGAGCAGCAGCGAGCAGCAGCGCUGGGCGGGUGCAGUUCGCGCGCUGCUGGAUGCGCUUCGUCAUGGAGCGCUGCGAGCGCGGCCGCGGCCGCCGCCCACGGUACUCACCUCUCUGCUGUAGGUGGGGAGGCUGCGUGCGAGCAGCAGCGAGCAGCAGCGCUGGGCGGGUGCAGUUCGCGCGCUGCUGGAUGCGCUUCGUCAUGGAGCGCUGCGAGCGCGGCCGCGGCCGCCGCCCACGGUACUCACCUCUCUGCUGUAGGUGGGGAGGCUGCGUGCGAGCAGCAGCGAGCAGCAGCGCUGGGCGGGUGCAGUUCGCGCGCUGCUGGAUGCGCUUCGUCAUGGAGCGCUGCGAGCGCGGCCGCGGCCGCCGCCCACGGUACUCACCUCUCUGCUGUAGGUGGGGAGGCUGCGUGCGAGCAGCAGCGAGCAGCAGCGCUGGGCGGGUGCAGUUCGCGCGCUGCUGGAUGCGCUUCGUCAUGGAGCGCUGCGAGCGCGGCCGCGGCCGCCGCCCACGAUGGGCGAGUCAAGGUCUAGAGUUCCUCAUGCUCGCCUGUGAUCCGUACAAUACGAAACAUUUGAGCGACGAGGAGUUUGAGGAGCUGAAGCAGUUAAUGGACGCGUGCAUCUCGCACGUGAUUGGUUCGCGACCCGCUCCUUACACCACGCUGAACGCCACGCCGAACGCCACGCUGCACGCCGAAACACCGCGUCGUGCUCGCCGAGUGCUGCACAGUCCUCUGUCGAACUCGAGCGGUGCCCAAAGCCCCGUGUACAAGGAGAGUGCAGCGCCAGUCACUCCACCCGCCGAAUGUGACGCGCCCAGCUUCCAGCCCGAGGAAGUUCCAGGUCAGAACGGAUGCAGCGCAGAGGGCUGGAAUAGUGAAACGAGCGAUUACAGCAGACGAGUGGCAGAAGCUGUGCAGAGGCUGGAUGAAGCUCGUGAUGAGAAGCUGCGGAGCAAGCGAGCAGUUGGUCGCGUUUUGCAAUCCGCCGUGGCCAGCUACGAGCCCAAGCUGCGACAAGUCACCUUCAAGUGGCAGCGUGGGCUGAAGAUUGGAGCGGGAACAUUCGGGAAGGUGUAUACGGUGGUGAAUACAGAGAGUGGGCAGCUUCUUGCCAUGAAGGAGCUGAGUGUGUGCGCCGGCGACCGGAGAGCGCUGCGCCGUGCUGCCAAUGAGCUGCGCGUGCUGGAGGGCGUGCUGCACCCGCACCUCGUGCGGUACUACGGCUGCGAGCUGCACCGCGAGGAGAUGCUGCUGUUCAUGGAGUUGUGUGUGGAGGGUUCCCUGGAGGCACUUCUGGGUGCUUCAGGUGCGCUGGAUGAGCCAGCAGUCCGCCGUUACACCAAGCAGCUGCUUAGCGCUGUACAGGAGCUGCACUCUCGAGGCAUCGCUCAUCGCGACAUUAAGAGUGGCAACAUCUUCCUGACGAACGAGGGUCACUGUCUAAAGCUGGGCGAUUUCGGGUGCGCCGUGAAGAUUCGCAGCAACUCCACCGUGCCCGGUGAGCUGCAGGGCUUCGUUGGCACGCAGGCGUACAUGGCGCCCGAGGUGUUCAUGAAGUCGUCGGGGCACGGGCGCGGCGCCGACGUCUGGUCGCUGGGCUGCGUCGUCACCGAGAUGGCGUCCGGCAAGCGUCCGUUUUCUGAGUACGACAGCAACUACCAGAUCAUGUUCGUGGUGGGCAUGGGUGGGCGGCCGGAGAUCCCCGGCAGCCUGUCGGAGGAGGGGCAAGAGUUUUGCCGACGCUGCCUCACGCACGACCCCGAGCUGAGACCAAGGGCGCAAGAUCUGGCGCUGCACCACUUUCUAAUGGUAAAAUCAGACGAAGACUGCAAGUGCGAGCCGGCAUACCUCAUCACAUGA